GUACAGUUGACGCAGUUCGUGCGGAUCACGGACUUUGCACGGGGUGCGAGGAUAACGCUACGUGCCGCGUAUACCCGAUUCUAUGGUACGCACACGGACUUUUGUAAUGUGAUGUAAAAAGGAUGUGAAUACACUUUAUGGAUGGUGUUGAACUGUUUGUUCAGUGAUUAGGUGGUGAAAUUUCGUAACAUUUGUGAGCAGCAUAUUCCGAAAGCAUAAAUUAAACGGCAGCUUUUUACAGUUUUGUGCAUGAGAUUAUUAGUGCAACUUGAAUAGUGAUAGUGGAAAAAAAGACUUUUAGGUGUGAAAAGCAGACACGUACACGAUAACGCCAUCGUGAAACAAAACAACGCAACAUUCUAUACCACGUCGUGCCAUUCUUCAGGAGUUGUUGAGGCACCCCCAAAAUGUUGGGAUUCCGAGCGGUCGGGAUCCUGCUGCUUGUUCAGGCAAGCCUGACCGUUGCGCAACUGUUCGGCGAUAGUCAGAAUGCACUCGCACCGGCAGGAAACAGGAGAAACGUGCUGCGCCAGGGCGAUCGUGCUGCCGGCGGGCACGAUCACACGCACAUCGAGACAAUCGAUGUCAAGUGUGAUCAGCGAAGCGGUAUGCUCGUGACGAUACAGUUUGAGGACGACUUCCAAGGCGUCAUCUACAGCCAGGGCUACCACAACGACCCGAAGUGCCGGUACGUGCAGGCGAACCAGGGCGGGCGGCAGUUCACCUUCACCGUGCCGUACGACAGGUGCGGCAGCAAGCCGUCCUGUGCCGUGUGCGCCUCCGUCGACAACGUGCUCGUCAUACAGACGGACGAGGAGGUGCAGGAGGCGUGGGACACGGCCCGGCGCAUCUCGUGCAGCCAGAGCGAGCAGCAGCAGAACACGAUCAUCUUCAAGCCGUUCGUGGUGGACCAGCUGGAGGUGGUGAACGUGCCCACCUCGACCGGCGGCGUCGAGUGUUGGAUGGACAUCCAGCGCGGCACCUAUCCGAGCAUUUCACCCAUCCCGAGCAUCAUCAAGAUCGGCGAGGCGCUCAGCGUGCUGGUGUACCUGCGCGACCCGAAGGGCGAGUACGACGUGUCGGUGAAGGACUGUUACGCGUUCGACAGCCCGGACUACGAGGCGGCCACCACCGCACGGCUGCAGCUGUCGGACAAGAAUGGAUGCUCGCGUAAGAAGAAGCUGUUCGGGCUGUGGCAAAAGACGACGCAGACGGGCAGCUCGGGCGCCACCCUGGUGGUGCACAACAGCAUCAAGGCGUUCAAGUUCCCCGACCGUAUGCAGGUGUUCCUGAAGUGCGACAUCGAGAUCUGUCGCGGAGGCUGCGGACCGCAGGUGUGUGCGGAGGAGAAUCUAAUCAGCACCGUCGAAACGACCACCAAGCGUCCGUCUCCAACGCGCGGCCGGCCGACGCAGACGACUUCAUUGGCUCCGGUCGUGCCAACGCGCGGCCGUCGUCCACCGGUCACGGCUGCACCUACCCAACCGCAAUACACGGAGCCAGCAACGCAACCACCACGCCGUGGCACACGUCCACCACGUCCGGUAGAGACAACGCCGGUCACGGCUCCACCACGCCGUACUCGUCCACCGAACACGCGCGCCCCAACGCGGGCUCCCACGACCGAGUUUACGUGCGCGCCUGGUUCGACCGACGAUCGCUGUAACGAUGUGAUCGUCACGCAGCGUCCCGAUUGUUCGCGAGGCUCGCGUGAUCCUCGUUGCCGAUCGCGUGGUACCCGACCGACACCAACCACGACCGAAGUGACACCGGCUCCACUACGAUGCUUCCCCGGCUCGACCGAUCCUCGCUGCCCAACGACCUUCCGCCCCUCGGUACGUCCUACACGGCCACCUCCGUCGCCUACUACGCCUCGGUUUUCGACUACCACGGUGGAAGAGGAGGAAGAGGAUGACAGCGUUCCCAACUGCUUGUUGCGAUCGAACGAUCCACGCUGUGAGGAAGUGUCCAUCUACCUGCCAGUGAUUCCGCAGGAGCAAGUUACCACGAGACCGCCGAUCGUGCCCACUGUGCCGUCGGUUACCACUAGCUCGAGUUUGAACUGUUUCCCGGGCUCGAACGAUGCCCGCUGCAGAACGCCCGUGCUCCGUUGUCCUCCGGGCACGUCGGAUCCUCGCUGUCCAGGAUUUGUGCCACCACAGCCUUCAACCACUUCCGCUCCUGCACGUUGCUACCCAGGUUCUCCUGAUCCACGUUGCCCGCAACCAACGGUUCCGUCGAAGGAUACGGCUACCUACUUGCCACCGGUGGACAAACCAAACUGCUAUCCAGGAUCUUCCGAUCCUCGCUGUCCCCAGACGACUGCUGCUCCUCGGUGCUACCCUGGAUCAAACGAUCCACGCUGUCCAACGACUCCUCGUCCAACGACAGCUCGUCCUACGCCCACCACACAGCCACCACUGCGCUGCUAUCCGGGAUCAACGGAUCCUCGCUGCCCGCAGACCACUACCCGACCAGUACCAACCACAACGCCCGCUCCUGUUUGCUAUCCGGGAUCGACCGAUCCGCGCUGUCCGAAGCCGACAACUACCACUCAACCGCCACUUCGAUGCUAUCCUGGCUCCAACGAUCCUCGGUGUCCUCAAACUACCACCACCAGGCCGGUUCCAACUACAACGGCCGCCCCUCGAUGCUAUCCGGGAUCGACCGAUCCCCGCUGCCCACAAACAACGACUCGUCCGGUACCGACCACUACUGCAGCACCGCGUUGUUACCCAGGAUCGAACGAUCCUCGCUGUCCACAAACCACUCCACGGCCAACACCCACAACUCAGCCUCCGCUUCGCUGCUAUCCUGGAUCAAACGAUCCUCGCUGUCCGCAAACUACUCCUCGACCAGUGCCUACGACCACGCCAGCUCCAGUGUGCUAUCCUGGAUCGACCGAUCCUCGUUGUCCAAAGCCCACGACUACGACGCAGCCACCGCUGCGCUGUUACCCAGGGUCGACUGAUCCACGCUGCCCACAGACCACUCCUCGUCCAGUUCCCACGACAACGCCUGCUCCGCGAUGCUAUCCUGGAUCAAACGAUCCUCGCUGUCCACAGACCACUCCUCGACCAGUCCCAACCACUACACCGGCCCCAGUGUGCUAUCCGGGAUCAACGGAUCCUCGUUGUCCGAAGCCAACGACUACCACGCAGCCUCCUCUGCGCUGCUAUCCAGGCUCGACCGAUCCUCGCUGUCCACAAACAACGACGCGUCCUGUACCCACGACAACGCCUGCUCCGCGAUGCUAUCCAGGCUCGAACGAUCCUCGCUGUCCACAGACCACUCCUCGUCCUGCCCCGACAACUACACCAGCACCAGUGUGCUAUCCGGGAUCAACGGAUCCUCGUUGUCCGAAACCAGCAACUACGACUCAACCACCUCUGCGAUGCUAUCCAGGCUCGACCGAUCCUCGCUGUCCACAAACAACGACGCGUCCUGUACCCACUACAACACCUGCACCUCGAUGUUAUCCCGGAUCCAAUGAUCCUCGCUGUCCGACAACACCUCGCCCCACACCUACAACCACCUCGGCUCCGAGAUGUUACCCUGGCUCCAGUGAUCCACGGUGCCCACAAACUACCACUCCACGUCCCGUCCCAACGACGACUCGUGGUCCAGUGUGCUAUCCCGGUUCCACUGAUCCUAGAUGUCCCCAGACUACCACACGUCCUGUACCAACCACUACUGCCGCUCCACGUUGCUAUCCUGGUUCGACUGAUCCUCGCUGUCCCCAAACAACGCCACGGCCUGAACCUAAGUGUUAUCCAGGUUCUCUUGACCCACAGUGCUCGGACAAGACGGAUUCGGAAACCUAUUUGCCUCCAGUGGAAGUGCCAAGACCAACUACAACCCAGCGUCCAUCAUGCUAUCCAGGUUCAACUGAUCCUAGAUGUCCACAGACGACCACUCGUCCGGUUCCUACUACAACGCCAGCACUUCGAUGCUACCCAGGUUCAAAUGAUCCUCGUUGUCCAACAACCCCCCGUCCUACACCAACGACUACGGCAGCUCCACGAUGCUACCCGGGCUCAACUGAUCCCCGGUGCCCACAAACCACACCUCGCCCAGUGCCAACAACAACUCCAGCACCUCGAUGCUAUCCUGGCUCGAACGAUCCUCGUUGCCCGCAAACCACUCCACGACCGACACUGCCUCCAACACAGCCACCGCUUCGUUGCUACCCAGGAUCGACUGAUCCUCGUUGCCCACAGACCACUCCACGGCCAAUACCAACGACUACAGCUGCACCGCGUUGUUAUCCAGGAUCGAAUGACCCUCGCUGUCCACAAACUACUCCCCGACCAGUGCCUACAACCACGCCAGCUCCAGUGUGCUAUCCUGGAUCGACCGAUCCUCGUUGUCCAAAACCAGCGACCACGACGCAGCCACCGCUGCGCUGUUACCCAGGUUCGACUGAUCCUCGCUGCCCACAAACCACUCCUCGUCCAGUUCCUACGACAACGCCUGCUCCACGAUGCUAUCCAGGCUCCAACGAUCCUCGUUGUCCUCAGACCACUCCUCGACCAGUGCCUACAACCACGCCAGCUCCAGUGUGCUAUCCUGGAUCGACCGAUCCUCGUUGUCCAAAGCCCACGACUACGACGCAGCCACCGCUGCGCUGUUACCCAGGGUCGACUGAUCCUCGCUGCCCACAGACCACUCCACGGCCAGUACCAACGACUACAGCUGCACCGCGUUGUUAUCCUGGAUCAAACGAUCCUCGCUGUCCUCAGACCACUCCUCGACCAGUGCCUACAACCACGCCAGCUCCAGUGUGCUAUCCGGGAUCAACGGAUCCUCGUUGUCCAAAGCCAACGUCCACGACGCAGCCACCGCUGCGCUGUUACUCAGGUUCAACGGAUCCUCGUUGUCCGCAAACCACCCCUCGUCCCGUGCCAACGACAACGCCUGCACCUCGAUGCUAUCCAGGUUCCAACGAUCCUCGCUGUCCAACCACUCCCCGACCAACACCAACUACACAGCCUCCUCUACGAUGCUACCCAGGAUCCACCGAUCCACGAUGCCCACAAACUACACCCCGACCAGUGCCAACGACUACACCAGCACCUCGCUGCUACCCAGGCUCGAACGACCCUCGCUGUCCACAAACCACACCGAGACCAACGCAGCCCCCAACUCAGCCACCACUGCGCUGCUACCCAGGCUCGGCGGAUCCACGCUGCCCACAAACUACUCCCCGUCCCGUACCGACCACGCGCCAGCCGUGCUAUCCCGGCUCGCCUGAUCCUGCCUGUCCGCGACCGUUCGUCACAACAACGCCGUCCUCGUGCUAUCCCGGCUCGCCCGAUCCCAACUGCCCGCAGCCUUACCGACCAAGCAGCACUAAUCCUCCUGCUACUUAUUUGCCACCAUUCCCUGCCGAAGCCAGCGGUCGGUCCGCCCGGCACCUUAGCCCGGAAACGUUGAACGAUAUUAACGCGCUGGCCGAUCCGACCGACACGGCUGCAAAUGGUCCAGCGAUCUCCAACUCGGAAGCUGCGGCUGAUGCGCCCACGUCGACCGGUACAGCAAGAGUAAAGCGAGACACCGGUCUGGUCAACGAACUGGACGGUGAGCCGGCAAAGGAAAUCAUUUCCAUCACGCUCAACAUCAAGGGCUACCAGUUCGAGCCGGAGUCGUAAACCCGCGAGCGCCAUCUUCAAAUGCCUCUGUCUGCAUAAUACUCAUCCGUGCGUAUAUACGGAAGCCAAUAUUUUCAAUAGCGUUGCGGAGAAGGACAAGACCGGGUCAAGCGAAGCAAAAAACUCAGUGGUCUUCACCACCUAUAGACGAACGCUCUUUGUCUGCGCGCGUUGAGAUAGAUGUAGAAACGGUUGUAAAUAAACUAAAUAAAAUGCUCCACCUAGUGCGCCCGUCCGUUGGACGCACAUGGGGAUAUAACUGUAAA